CAUUUUUUUAUCCUUUUCAGGCUUGUUGAGUAUUUUUGGUGAAACGUGCGUAAAAUGAGUAAUAUUCACUUGUGCCGCAAUGUGACAGCAGCGGAAAUUAAUGAAACUACAUACAAUGCGAACACAAUUGGAGCUCUCUUGGCAGCGUAUCGUUCAACGAUCAUGCACUCACCAAAAGUGCAAAAUAUGGAAUCUGAGGCGGUGUACCGCCUAAUUCAAAGAGACUUGCAGAAGGCGGACAAGGCGUACGCAUUAAUUACGUCAAACAAGUUAAGGCCGAAAGAACUAGAUAGCUUCAUUGACGUAUUGAAGACUCUAAUUCUUUCAUGCAUGAGGAAAAACAAAUUGGUGGAGCUAUGCAGAGUGUUUUACAAAGAAGAACAUGAAACGGAAUGUGAAACUGUAAUGGGACACGGUGAUGAUAGAGGACCUCCUGCAGUCCAUUCAGUACCUCCUGAUUCCAUUCCUGGAGAGCAACAACCAACAAACAACACAGCAGUGAUGGAAAGCUUGGGAUGUGAAGAACAUACGGAAAUUGGAAUGCAUGAUGUUGCUCAUUCCACCCCACCCUCGGAAGCUCCUCAAUUUGAGGCAGUAUCGGAAAAAUUUGAAUAUACAGAAGUUGCACCUUAUGUUCCUGAGGUUGCUGAUGUAACCCCACCCCUGGAAUUGCCUCAGCCUGAUGGAGAUACGGAAGUUCCAGACCAUGGUGUUGCUGAUAUUGCUGAGUUGAGACGAACCAAUGAAUUGUCGUUGCCUGAAUAUGAAAUUCCGGACUCAGGAAAUCAACAUUCAUCACAAUUCGUGGAAGCAGACCAACACCCUACUGAUUCACAUGCAUUGCUUGAAGAUGGAGUGGAAGAGCAACCAAGUUUGGAAGGUUCAAAUGCACUACAAGCAUUGAUUGAAGAUGGAGUGGAAGAUCAACCAAGUGUAGAAGGUUCACAUGCAAGACAACACAUAGGUAUUCAAACGAAGCUACCAAUUGCUGAUGAGGAUAAGUGUAAGGGAUGCAGUGCAGGGAAGGAACUCGUUGAAUUCUGUUACACAAACAGAUUGGAUUAUUGCAACGUCAACAUGCUGAAGCAGCUGCUGCAUGCAUGCUUCACAAAUUCAAGCAGUGAAGGGGAUAAUUGUAAGAAAUGUGAGAAGGUCUUGGAGGUAAUACAUAACGUUGAAGAAAUGCAGCUUAUGGGAAUUCAAGAUGAUGCAUUGUAUGACGUUGCAAAGAAAGCGAAGAAAAGAAUAAGGGCAUCCAUGAAGGAAUUCCAACAAAGGAACUUGUGGAAGGUGCGGUGUGAAAAUCGCGUUCAUACGCAAGCGGCGUUUCUUUUUUACAGCUACGCAACGUGA